AUAGUAUUGUACUUCGUUAAGUCGCAGCGGAAAGAACGAAAGAAUAAGACGAUCAGUCGCCCGUGUGCCCGUGGCCUAGCACCGAGUCUGCUCAAUCUGGACGGUUUUGUUCUGCUUCCCUCAGUGCGUGCGGUAAAAAUUGUUAGUAGCAAAAGAUAGUGGUGCAGUUGUAUAGUAGAGCAGGCAUCCCAAAUAGUACCAUUCUAGGGUGAAUUUUGUAGAUACGGGUCACCACGGCAAACAGCGGUCGGCUGUGAACCAGCCAGCGCAACUGGAACAGGUGGCAGUGAAUAAUUCCGGUAGCGUCAUCAGAAGCAGAUUCGGGGCUUGCGAGAAAGAAAAAAAACCGAGGAAGCUAACAAGGGAAGAAAACUCGUCCCCGUCCGUGUCGGUGUGUGUAUCCCCCCACCACCUAUCCAGCAUUCUGCUCCUGCCACGCUGAGUGACAGAACGGUGUUGUGUAGUGGUGUUGAAAAGUGUAUUGCCGUGUGACAGCAAGGAUUCGUCGCCUACUUUGCCGGUGAAGAAUCGCGCUGUGAGCUGCUACUGUGUGCGUUUGUGUGCAUAUUUUGGAGCAAAAGUGUGUGCUUCGGUGGUGUGUCGAGUCGUUUGUGGCGUCGUCGUUCGUCCUUAGCUCCCUGACCUGUGUGCAGCAGGAAGGAAGAAGCAAAAACCGGUGCUUACGCUCGUGUGGAAGUGUUUGUGUGGUGAGAGCACCUGCUUGCUGUAGUGAGUGUGUUUCGCGGGGCAGCACAGCAGCUGUAUCCUUUCUCUAUAGUCCAUCCGCCCAAACGGGAAAAAGAGGGAAAUUCUGACGCGGGUUUUGUGUGGACUAUACCUGUGCGUGCGUUUGUUUGUGUGUGUGUAAGUGAGUGAGCAAACUGGUUCCCGUGGGGGACCACUUCUGAUCACGCGAGAGUUCUCCGGUUAUAAACAACCGCUUCAGUCCAUUUUCCUGUCCCAUAACUGUACCAGUUUGUGCUUUUCCGCGCGGCAUGGCCUUCUUGCGUACGGUUUCGCGCUGCAAUAGCCUGGUACCGCGCAAGGUAACGUCCCCAUCGGCGACUGGCAGCGGGUGCUUGACGUACUCGAAAUCGGAGCAAUUUCUGCGACAGUACGGUAUUCAUGCGGCCGGCAACCGGGGCCCACUGCCGAGCGCCAUUCUAGCGGCACUAAACCACCGGCUAGCGCUCGAAGGACACUCGCUCGAUGGAGCCCGCCGUUGGCGUUCGACCACGGUGGCGGCUGCAUCACCGGUGGCUACCGGCACCCGCCAACGGCAGGAGCAGCAGGAUAAUAAUCCCUCUACCCCGCAGCGGGAUCCACUGGACGUGAGCUUCAACGAUCCGCAUGCGGCAUUCAAGAGCAAAACGACGUUCGAGCUGAUACGGGCGUACCUUGUGUACGUGCUGUGUUCUUCCGAGUUUCUGGUGGAGAACAACAUGAAGCUGAUGAAAGUCGCGCAAACCAUACUCGGCGAAAAGCUCUUUACGCUGCUCAUGAAGUAUACAUUCUAUGGCCAUUUUGUCGCUGGUGAAGAUCAGCUCAAGAUUGUCCCAACACUGGAAAGAUUGCGUUCGUUCGGUGUCAAACCAAUUCUUGACUACUCGGUAGAGGAAGAUCUAUCCCAAGAGGAGGCCGAGAAGCGUGAAGUUGAAGCUUCUGUUUCGUCCGCGGGAACUAACCUAUCGGAGGAUAGUGCUGACUCGCUGCCCCAGUACAGCGUAGACAAAACGUUUGCCGAUCGGCGGUACAAGGUGCAGAGCGCUAGGACUUACUUCUACCUUAAUGAGGCAACCUGCGAACGCAACAUGGAAACGUUCCUCGAAUGUCUCGACGCGGUCAAAGGUGCAACAUUUGGUACAGGUAUCACUGCUAUUAAGCUGACUGCCCUCGGUAGACCACAGCUGCUACUUCAAGUGUCGGAAGUAAUUAUGCAAGCCCGCCGAUACAUGAUGGAUUUGGCCGGCAGUACCGGUAACAUUUUAACACAUCACAAAACCAUUCAAGAUCUCGAACGUUAUCUCGGCAACGUGGCCGACAAGAAGGAGGUAAAGGAGUUUCUGACCAAGGUGACAUCGGACAAAGAUGGCAUUCUCCAUCUUUUCCCGUGGACCGGUAUCAUCAACGAGGACUGUCAGCUGAGUGAAACGUUCCGCGUGCCGGAUCCGGUUACGGGACAGAUGCGCCGCUUGAUCUCAAAGAUUCCACCCAAAGAAGAGGAAAUGUUCCGUAACAUGAUUAGACGAUUGAAUACUAUUGUUAAGACUGCUCAAGACCUUGACGUACGUAUAAUGAUUGACGCCGAGCAAACCUACUUCCAACCAGCCAUCUCCCGCAUUACUCUCGAAAUGAUGCGAAAGUACAACACCGAAAAGGCCAUCGUGUUCAACACCUACCAGUGUUAUCUGAAGGACACCUACAAAGAGGUCUGCACGGAUCUGGAGCAGGCCAAGCGUCAGAACUUCUACUUCGGUGCGAAACUGGUACGCGGUGCGUACAUCGAGCAGGAGCGUGCCCGUGCGGCCGCCCUCGGCUAUGAAGAUCCCACCAAUCCCUCCUUUGAAGCAACUACCGAAAUGUACCACAAAACACUAACCGAGUGUUUGAGACGCAUUAGGAUUCUCAAGGACGCUAAUGUCGAUCCGAAAAAGAUCGCCAUCAUGGUUGCAUCGCACAACGAGGAUACGGUCCGGUUUGCCAUCAAGAAGAUGGAGGAGAUUGGUAUCCAUCCGGAGGAUAAGGUGAUUUGCUUCGGUCAAUUAUUGGGCAUGUGCGACUACAUCACGUUCCCGCUCGGUCAAGCAGGCUACUCGGCCUACAAAUACAUCCCGUACGGUCCGGUCAACGAAGUCCUGCCAUAUCUGUCGCGACGAGCGCAGGAAAACAAGGGUGUGCUGCAAAAGAUCAAGAAGGAAAAGCGCCUGCUGCUGUCCGAGAUCACCAAGCGGCUAGCCAAGGGACAGCUGUUUUACAAACCGAAGGGCAAAUACGUUCCUAUCUAAAUGUCCCCGUUUGCGUACGUGGCGUCCUGGCUGGGCAGGCAGUUAGUGGGUUAUCGCACUAAAAACACACACACACUCACAUCCACACACUCAGCAACAUUCUCCUGUGAAGCUAAUCCUCCUCUCACUGUUCAGAACAAAGAGCGCCAUUUUUAUACUCUGCGAUCAAAGCCGUGGAAUGUGAUUUUAAAAGACCCCGUUUGAUACGGGGCGGCGGUGUUCGCGUGAUGUGUUACAUGGUGGUAGUGUUUGUCCGUCUUCAUCUUCGACGUAUUGUUGACUGCUGCCGUUUCUUACUCGGUCCCGCGCAAAUGCGCUCUUAAAUGUAUGUACAUAGUUUUGUUUGUUUUGUUUGACGCUGACGAUCACAAUAAUGUUUGUGCUGUGUUUGUUGUAAGCCCAGUGAUUUUCGGUAUAUCUUCCUAUAACGUUCGACGUCAGCCAGAGUAAGGCUGGUUGGUACGAUGCUUUGUUGUCUUUUUCGAUCGACAAUUCGAAUUACAAUCGUUGUUACGUCCGGAUUCAUUCGCUCCUUAUUUAUGCUCCUUUGUGUUAGGGGUAAUUUAUACAGUUGACUUGCUUUGCAGUCCUUGCAGCGACUUGCUUCUUUUAUCAACACUCAACUCCUUACGUGCGUGCGUGUGCCUGUGUGUGUGUCCGUUGUUGCGGCAAUCUAUAUGUAUGCUUCUUUGCCAGAAGAGUCGAACGAGUCAAACGACAUCAUCAUUGAAUGUUAGUAUUACAUAUAUAUAAAUGCUUAUUUCGAGAAGGAAAGACAAACGCGCAAGGUAGGCAAAUUUUAGAUACCAAUAAAGCCGUCACCGCGAUGGUUGGAAAAGGAAAGCAACGGAAGCAAACAGACUCACAUUUAGCAAACUCUCAAAGACACACACACACACACUUUGAAAAGUGCUGACAAUAAACUGAAUAUGAAAAUUCAAUUAAAUGUGAACCGAACCGUUGCGUAGUGCGCGAGUACAUCAUCAUCGGCUGGUGUUCAAUCAUGAUGUGUAAUAUCCAGUGUGACCCAGUGGCCAGUUUAAAUAGAACAAAAUGUUAGGUGAGAAUUUAAUCAUAUUUAAAUGUGUGUGUGUGUGCGGUACAUACCAAACAAACCAAAAGCAGAAGCAACACGAUGUAUCGCGAUACAAAUAUUUCACAAAAGAAAAACAAAACCCGUCGUUCUUAACGUAAAUGUUUACAUAUGUUCCAUACGUUCCGUCGAUGCAGCAUACGGAGGGAACUGAAGCCGAUUAACAAACAAACAAAAAAUAUGAUAAUUACCGAAGCUAGUGAUGAAUAUUAUUAAAAAGAGAAAAAAAAAACAUGGAUCUGGAUAACCGAUAUUGGACAGGAUAUAACAGCAGGGCGAGGAAAGC